AUGGCCUCCUCUCUCCUCCCGCGGCUGGCCAUGCGCCAGUCGGUCAGACUCGUCGCCCAGCGUCGCGCUGCCUCGACCACCUCCGAAGCCGCCAAUGCCGCAUCGAAAGGAGCCACCGCUGCGAAAGAGACGGCCGAGAGCACCGUAUCAAAGGCUCAGCAAGGCCUCUCCAAAGUCAGCAGCUCUGCCGGCCCUGCGCUGAGCAAGGCAGCUGCUUCUGCUCAGAACGCAGUCUCCAACGUCGGUGGCCGGACUGGUGCGGCGAUCAACUGGGUACAAGGCUUCAUCCCACACGUGGUCUACUACGGCAGAGUCGUGGGCGAGCUGGGCAAGAUCAUCUACACCGGACGAGGCAUGCAGCCGCCUACCAUCCAGACCGUGCAGUCCUACCUGACACCCAUCACCAAUGCCGUGCGCAACCCCUCGACAUUUGGCUCCCAGACUGCCAAAGCUGCCGAGCGAACAGCAGAGACAGCCGUCAACAACCCACAGUCUUUCCUGACCCGGUUAAGAAACCUCGACUCUGCGACUCUGACGCAGGUGGGCAUAAUUGGCGCUGAGACGAUUGGCUUCUUCUCCAUCGGGGAGAUCAUUGGACGAUUCAAGAUUAUCGGCUACAGGGGCGGCCACCAUGAGCACCACUAA